AUGAGCACGAUUUCGCUUGAAAGCAAGACGAAACUACCGCAGAAGAUAUUGGAAAUCAUCACCGAUGGCUCCGCACUGCUAUCGAUUCCUAUGAGCAGCUCACAGGCCUCUGAGGUAAGGUUUUUUGAGCUGAAAAAUUAAAAAAAUGUAUGUUUUAAGACACUAACUGCAAGUGCGAAGCAAUUGUCAUCAACGGAGUCGGUAGUGGAUAAAACUGAUAAGGUAAGUCAGUUCACUUCUUGCAAAUACACUAAUUUUGUUCCAGAUGUUGCGAGAAAUCGAGCUGAUGAUUUCGGACGUCUCAAAAUCUUCCGCAAAUCUAGAACAAGGGUAAGAUUUGCUCAGAUUUUGAAGAUUUUCAUCAAAAAAAUGUCACUAAUUUCCAGGUUGGAUGUGGUUUGCGACAUUCAAGAGUGCCUUCAAAAGGUGGAAAGGCAGAACUACUACAGCGCCGUGCCCAAAUCCUUCUCGGCCGACAGUUUUGCGUCUUCAGUGGCUGGGGACCGACCAAUCAAUUGAUUUGGAUGCGGAUUCUACCCAAUUUCAUUAUAUGAUCUCAGGAUGAACAUGGUUCUGCUUUUACAUUAAUUUUAAUAAAUUACUGCUCAAACUGUCUGUUUUGGUUGGCGGUUUCUCAGUCAUUUUCAAUUCUGCGCUAUGCUGUCCAGAAUUCUCAAAAGUACUUGACAGGUCAUUUUUCAGCAAGCCCUGGCAAAGAUAGAGACAGUUUUUAGAGGGAUUUGAUGGCAAAACUGCCAGACUACGCCACUUUACUACUCCCCUCACUUUCCCCUUAUUUCCACCUGUAAAACAUCAACAUCAGAUAUGAAACAUAGUGCUUGAAGUCAUUUUUUUUCUGAUGGGUAUCUCAACGGACUUCACACUUCUCCGCACAUUUCACAUUUCAUUUCGAAAAGUUUCCCAAAAGCUUUUCCGCACAUUCUUGUUUCAAUUUCCUGCUCGCUGAAUGCGCGAAUGUUUGAAGAUUGGUUUAUUUUGGCCCGCCGGCGGCGAAAAUACGGAUAUCACUGACACUUUGGCUUCCCGAUCAUAGUGUUUGCUUGCCGGUCAAUUGAUUAUUGAUGUGUGUGCCACUGAAGACAUAUACACACCCAACCAGAAUUAACUCCGCCUUGAUAUGAAAGGCCCGACGAGAAAGAGAACAUUCCUCAUUAAACUCAACUCGCUGCCAUUCUUUCAUCUUUCUGUAUUUCCUUCUUCAUCUCGAGUUGCACUUCUCAUUUGCCGAAAGAUAUUUGUGUCCUUGUCUUCAGGUACCCCCGGAAGUCAGAGAAUCAAGCCUAGCACGACUACUCAACACUUGACAGGUCUAGGAGGCCAUAUUACGAGCGUUUUCCGGAAUACAUUGUGUCUGCAGCCUGCCAACCGACUGCCCUCUCUCGUUUUUUUCCCCUCCCCCCACCCUCGCUUUUUUUACUUUUUUACUUUCGAUUCGUCACACACACUUUCACUUAUGCCAUCAUCAGCAUCAUCGAGCGUGUUUCGAUGCUUCCUACUUGUCAUUUUCUCGUUUAUCACUUCGAAUUUUGCUCAAUACAACAGGGUAAGAUCGCAUUUCUCUUGUUCAAACAGUUUCUGGAAUUUAGUUCUUCGAUCCAUCAAUUCCGGAACAAGAAACACUUCUGACCGAUUAUGACUUUGACAUGAUUAACACACUUCGCGAUCAGGAUCAGUGGUUCGUCAACGAUUCCGCUAUGUAUAACCCGUUGAGGUUUGAAGGAGAUAUAGGUGCUUUUCUUAAGGAUUCUUACAUAAAAACCGUCAAAUUUCAGCCAACUCUGGUCUGAACUCUCAUUCUAUCAGCACAUUCCUUGGUGAUAGCCCGCUGUUUGGCAUUUUCGGAGUUCAGCGGAACGCGGUCAGGCAGACUUAUCUGAAAUGGGAACAAGCUCGCAUUCCGUACACCAUCAGCUCCCAGUAUUCAUCCUACAGUCGGACAAAGAUUGCGGAAGCCAUUGAGGAGUACCGAAAAAGAACUUGCAUCGAUUUUUCGCCGAAAAGUGCAGGGGACUUGGAUUAUAUUCAUAUUGUCCCAGAUGAUGGAUGCUAUUCGCUAGUUGGAAGGAUAGGUGGGCUCGUUCCUUUUUAUUUUGACAAUUUAAUUUAAAAACGUUUAGGAGGAAAGCAACCAGUGAGUCUAGGAGAUGGAUGUAUUCAAAAAGGAAUUAUAAUUCAUGAGCUCAUGCACGCGGUGGGCUUUUUUCAUGAACAAAGCAGAGCCGAUCGUGACGAAUAUGUAAAAAUCAACUGGAGUAACGUGGAAGCCGGACUUCAGGAUCAAUUCGAUAAGUACUCCUUGAACAUGAUUGAUCACCUGGGCACCAAGUACGAUUAUGGAUCUGUUAUGCACUAUGCCCCCACAGCAUUUAGUAAGGUAAGUGACUUCAGGUCUUCAAGAACUUCAAGAACCUAAAUAAUUGAUCCGUUUCAGAAUGGGAAACCAACUAUUGAACCUGUUGAAAAGAACGUGGAAAUUGGCCAGCGUUCCGGAUUCAGUGAAAAUGAUAUCUAUAAGAUUAACAUGCUCUACAAUUGUCCCAGUUUUAGUGAGAAUCAGGUUACUGUAUUCUAUCAAAAUCUUCUUUCUUGUUUAGCUACUACAACUGCAACUCCGGAGAACACAAAAAGAGUGAAGAGUAUCACGAAAAAAGUGUCCAUCACCCCUGUAAACAAUUUUCGAAUUAAAUCUCAUCAUUUACUUCGUUUUUUUAGACCGAGAGCCCUCUUUCCAAGAAAGGAGGAAUUGGAUCUUCAAUUGGUGACAAGGGGGAUCGAGGGGACAAUUCCAUUCUCAGCUCGCUAAUUUCAAUCCAUUCAGGCAAAGGAAAGUGUGAAGACAGGUAAACCGCCUCAGUUUUCUGCUGAUUUUAUCCAGCUCUACUUAUUUUGUAGAAGGAAAGAUUGUGAAUUCCUCGCAAGAGCUGGUCAUUGCGAGAGCAGGUUCAGCGUUCGAUUCAUGACAGAAAACUGUGCGGAUAGUUGUGGAAAGUGCCAAGCGGAAGAGAAAGAGAAAGGAGUUUGCGAGGAUGCUAGGUAUAUUAUAGAACUAAACACAUGUUAUCCAUACAUCUUCUUCAGAACCUGGUGCGAGCGCUGGGCGAAUAGUGGAAUGUGCAAUCAGACUAUUUUCAAAGACUACAUGCGUCAAAAGUGUGCAAAGAGCUGCAAAUUUUGCUAA